AUGCCCUUGUGCGGCCUACCCGAGGAGAAGGAUUGGCCGGACAGCUGCAAUCUGAACCUCUACGAGGAUGGCGAUCACUCUGUCGGCUGGCACGCAGACGACGAGUUCCUGUUCCAAGGAAAGUUUACCGACUGUCUCAUCAUAUCCCUGUCCUUGGGCGGGACGCGCUGGUUCGAGCUCAAGUCAAACGGGGAGCCCUUCGAGAUGCACCGAGUGCUCCUGCGGUCAGGAGACCUCUGCACCAUGGAGGGCCUCAUGCAGAAGCACUACCAACACCGAGUGCCCAAGGAGCGAAAUUCCUGCGAAGCGCGGGUGAACCUGACCUGGCGCUGGAUCGCAAGCCAUGAGCCACGCUGCGGCAUGCAGCCAACAGUGGACAUGAGGAAGAGGCAUGCCCCGGCGAGUCAAGAACUGGGCUAUCGCGCGAAGCGGCCAAAGACGGAGGCGCAGCAAGCGGCGCCCCGCCGCAAGCGCCCGGCCCGGGCCGUGGAGACGGACAGGGAGAAG